AUGAAUAUUUGGAUUGCUUUAUCAAUAAAUCUGGUAAUUGGAACAGAUGCGACUAUAAAUCUUAUAUAUUCACUUUCAAAUAUGAACUAAUUAUUGUAAGGAAUAAGAUGUACCAUUGCCUUACUGAACAUACUAUUUUAAUUUGUAAUCUACAAAUAAAUUAGGCUUUCAUAAUUCACUAUCUUACUAUAAUUCUUAUAUUAAAUUCAACUUGCUUCUGAAAUCAGAUAAACUUUUACAUAUUUAAAUUCAUUCAACGUUUACAAAUACUUGCUUUUAUUGUAUUAUGAACACUAGAACCAGCAACUUAAAUAUCUUUAAUUCUCUACUCUUCUUUAUUGCAUGAUUGAAAUACAAUUCUAAAAUUCAUAAAUUCACUAAUACACAAUAACUUCAUUGAUUUUUGUGAUUAUCUUUCUCAUUAAGACAUCAUCGAAUACAUAAUAAAUAAUUCAUAAGCAUUAAUCCUCUAAUGAUGUAUUUCAUUCAUAUUCAACUGUUCCACCAGAAAUAGCAUCUUCAAACAGAAAAAUUGAUUUACUCACUAGAGAUGAAUUAAUAUUUAUUCUAAAUCAUAGUAGAUAGGGAAUUAUCUAUUUUGGUUAAAACCUUGAGAUUUAAUAUAUGAAUGAUAAAGCUUAGAAGUUAUGUUUAAUUAAAUCAUAUAAUUAAGCUAUGAAUCAAUUGUAAUUAAUUAUUAUGCAGUAAAUUAUUUUACUAUUAAAAAGAGCCAUAGAAUAAGAUCAAAAUUUUAAUAGCCAACACAAAGAAAUUAAGUCUAGAGCUUCGUAAAAACAUCUAUUGCAAAAAGCUGAUAGUAAAAUGAUAGAGAGUUUGAUAGCUUCUGCUGAAUAAAAUCUCAAGCGAUUUUAAUCUAUGAGUGAAAAAAAAUUAGACUCUUAAUUUUUAUCAAAUAAAUAAAAGAAGAAUCAAUUCACAACCUAUGAAUUUAGAUAAUUACUCUAAUCUUUAUUUGCUGAUUCCUAAGUGAAUAAUCUGUAAUCAUUAUAUUUUAUUAUAGUUUAGAUUAAAGAACCUUAAUUAAAGCUAACAAAUUGAAAGUUAAUCUUAAAACAAAUCAAGGAGAAAAGAUUAUUGAAUUGUAAUUCUGCAAAAUUGCUAAUCUCAUUAAUUAAAGUGGUUAUUUACUCUUUAUAAAUGAUAUGACAGAAAACGAAAAAUUAUAAUAAUAUAUCUAAAAAUAGAAGUUUUAAACUUUACAUUUUAAUUCUUUUUCUCAUGAAUUGAGAACACCUCUUAAUUGUUCACUCACCUUACUUUAAGCAUUAAAAACCUAAUCAAUAUCAUCAUAACUCAUAUAGAACUAUUUAAAUCCUGCUAUAGUUUCAAAUAAAUUAUUAAUGCAUCAAAUAAAUGAUAUUUUAGAUUAUGCAUCAUUUGGACUUGGAACAUUUCAAUUAAAUAUAAGAGAUUUUCAAAUAAAAGAUUUAUUUAGAUAACUAGAAGAAUAUUAUAUUGAAAUUUGUUCAACAAAAGGAAUUAAAUUGAUAUUUUCUAUUUUUGAUUCUCUUGAAAAUCAUAUAAUUUAUAAUGAUCCUGAAAGAAUAUUGUAACUUUUAGUUAAUUUGGUAAAUAAUUCUCUUAAAUUUACAAGAGAAAAUGACAUUAUUUGUGUUACUGCAAAAAGUAAAUAAAAAUCAUCAGGAAUAAUCAAGGAUAAUUAUAUUAAAUUUAUAGUUCAUGAUACAGGUAGAGGGAUAGUAAAGACAGAAUUAGAUGCCAUCAAUAAUAUUAUUCAUACAUCUAUUGAUAAUGAUAUAUACCAUUAAUUAAAGAAUUUCACAACAAAAUAUGUUGGAUUAGGAUUCACAAUAGGAAGUAGAAUGAGUAAAGAAUUAGCAUAUUCUAAAAAAUCAUAUUUCAAGAUAAGAAGUAAAGAAGGUUUGUUUACCAAAGUUAGUUUUCGUAUUAGUAACUAAAUAACUUCCUUUGGUAUCACACCAAAAGAUUCCUCACUAAAAUUGAAUUAUGUUUUGUCUUUAAAUCAAAUUGAUAUUGAUGAUGUUAUCUAGGAAGAACACUAAAUUCCACUUUGGACUUAAACAUUCUUUUCUUAGAAAUAAAUUUAAAGUGAAACGUUGUCUUAAAUUCUGAUUUGUGAUGAUGUUGCUUUUAAUUUGAUUUCUCUUAAUUUAUUGAUUAAGAAUCUUGGUUUUGAGAGUGACAUUGUCUAUGAUGGUUAUUAGGCUAUAAAUCAAAUUAAGCAAAGGACACUUUAAUAAAAAGAAUAAUAUAAGAUAAUUUUUAUGGAUAUUGAAAUGCCAGGAUUAAAUGGAUAUCAAACUUCUACUUUAUUAUUGUAAAUAGAUAAUAAAUUAAAUAUCAUUAUGUGUUCAGCCUAUGAUACUGAAGAUAAUUUAAGUAAAGCAUUGGAAAGUGGUAUGAAAGAUUACAUUAUUAAACCUGUUAGAAUUGAAUAACUUAAAGUCUUGAUUAAGAAAUAUAUUAAAUGA